AUGGUGGACUCGCCCAGGGAGGGGAAGCUGGCCCGGUCUCCGGACUUCGUCCAGCUGAUCGACAUGGCAUCCGAGUCCGUGGGAGGCAAGAUUGUGUUCGCAACAGACGACUUCUUUGCUCCUGCAGAAAACCUGAUAAAGAGCGACAGCCCGCGGGGCGAGGAGCACAGAUACACGCAGUUCGGCCGGUGGAAGGACGGGUGGGAGACGCGGCGAAGGAGGACCCCAGGCCACGACUGGUGCAUUGUCAAGCUGGGCAUCCGGGGCACCAUCCGGGGCCUGGACGUGGACAUCUCCCACUUCGCCGGAGACCACGCCCCUCGCGUGUCCAUUCAAGCAGCCAACGUGGACGAAGAUAAAGAACCAGCGGUGCCACCGAGAGGACCCCGGAUGGGAGUGGCUGCCACCGCCGAGGAGCUGGAAGCCGUCGCUAAGCUGCACUCUGGCGACUGGGACGUCCUGGUCCCCCGGACGGUGCUGAGACCCGGGACGCCAGCCUCCGGCCACAACUACUUCCUGGUCAACUCCCAGCAGAAAUGGACGCACGUCCGGCUCAACAUCUUCCCGGACGGCGGGGUCGCGCGCCUCCGGGUGUACGGCGUCGGGCACAAGGACUGGGCGGCCGCCGACCCCAAGGAGCCGGUAGACCUGGCGGCCAUGGCCAGCGGCGGCGCCUGCGUGGGGUUCAGCAACGCCCUCUUCGGGCACCCCAACCGGAUCAUCGGCGUCGGGCAGCCCCGGUCGGCGGCGGACGGCUGGGUGACGGCGAGGAGGCCCGACCGGCCGCCCGUGCUGCAGUGCGACGAGACCGGCGCCCUCCUGGUGCUCGGCGGCGAGUGGGCCGUGUUCCGCCUCUCGCACCCGGGCGUGGUGACGCACGUGGAGAUCGACACGACGCACUUCAAAGGCAGCUCCCCCGCCAGCUGCCGCCUGGACGGCUGCAUCCUGACGGCCCAGGAGGAGGAGGACCUGGUGCGGCAGCAGUGGGAGCCGCCCGGCCACCGCUGGAAGGCGCUGCUCCCGGCCACGCAGCUCCUGCCCAGUGCGGCCCAGGUGUUCGACAGCCUCACGCCCGAGCUGCAGGACGUGGUGACCCACGCGCGGCUGACCAUCUGCCCGGACGGCGGGGUGGGCCGCCUGCGGCUCCGCGGCUUCCCCAGCUCCAUCUGCCUCCUGCGGCCGCGGGACAAGCCCAUGAUGCGGUUCUCCGUGAAGGCGGGCUUCCGGGCCGGCCUGUAG